AUGAACAUGAAGAACGAUCUGAUAAAAGAACUGAACAAGACGCAAAGAGCAACUUGGACCGUCCUCGAACCCCUCAAGGAAGCCACAGACCAAUUGACAGACCCGGAGUUCCGAGCCCCUGUUCGAUUCAACUGUUCUCUGCUACGAAGCAGAGACGUGUCUAACAUUGUGGGUACGUUGAACGCACUCCGAACAACUCCCAAAGCAUUAUAA